CGCUGGAGGCGGGGUGAGGGCGGGCGCGCUGCCGGAGCCCGCGGCGGAAACUCCCCGAAGACAGCCCCUCCACGGUGUGCAGGAGAGGAGGGCAGGGUCCAGGGGCUGGCUUCUGGGGUGUGCUCCCGGAGCUGCAGACCGAGAGUGGCUGAGGCCAGGACUUCUCGCAGCGAUUCAGCAGCUCCACACCCAAUGGGGGGCUUGAACUCAGGGACCCUGAGAUUAAGAGUCACAUGCUCUCCCAACUGAGCCGGCCAGGUGCCCGUCUAUCUAUCUACUUCAGAGCUGAUUAGAAAGGUUUCUGGAUCUUCCCCGGCCAGGGGAUUUCUCACAGCCUCCAGCCAUGCGUCUCUCUGCCCUGCUGGCCUUGGCAUCCAAGGUCACUCUGCCCCGCGACUACCGCUAUGGGAUGAGCCGUCCAGGCUCUCUUGCAGACAGGAGGAAGAACCCUCCAGGGACCAGGCGGCGCCGGGUGGCUGUGGAACCCAUCUCUGAUGAAGAAUGGCAUCUGUUCUGUGGGGACAUGGUGGAGGUCCUAGAAGGCAAGGAUGCUGGGAAGCAAGGCAAAGUGGUUCAAGUCAUCCGGCAGCGCAACUGGGUGGUCCUGGAGGGACUGAAUACACACUACCGCUAUGUUGGGAAGACCGGGGAGUACCGGGGAACCAUGAUCCCCAGCGAAGCGCCCUUGCUCCACAACCAGGUCAAACUUGUGGACCCCGUGGACAGGAAACCCACUGAGGUGGAAUGGAGGUUCACGGAGGCCGGAGAGCGGGUACGUGUCUCCUCAAGAUCAGGAAGAAUUAUCCCCAAACCUGAUUUUCCCAGAGCGGAUGGCAUCGUCCCUGAAACGUGGAUCGAUGGUCCCAAAGACACGUCGGUGGAAGAUGCUCUAGAAAGAACCUACGUGCCCCGUUUAAAGACACUGGAGGAGGAGGUGAUGGAGGCCAUGGGGAUCCAGGAAACUCGGAGACACAAGAAGGUCUACUGGUAUUGAACCUGGGGGAGUAGCCUCUCCCCUCCUUGUCUUCAGCUUAAAGGCCAGGGCCACCUCUUCUCCAGACCCCAAUAAAGAGCCACGAGUCUU